CCUGUGAAACCUGUAAGAAACCGAGAUACAGUCAGUGAAAAAAAGUGCGCUGAGUUUCAGAAAAGACUGUGCCAGCACCAAGUAUAUGGAUUCUCAAAGCAGUAUACUAGUCAGGUGAACCAAAAAAGUACCUCCAAAUAUAAUGCCAGUACGCUUCCACUGUCUUCAAUUGGAGGCAAACUGUCUAAAGCUAAGGAGUUUCCCAGCAUGGCACUGAUCGGAUAUGAUGAAGAACAGUCUAUCUCCUGGCAGUGUGGAGGGUCUCUUAUCAGUGAGAGAUUUGUCCUCAGCGCUGCUCACUGUUCACUCACCGCCUAUGGGCUAGCUCGGUGGGUGCGCCUGGGAGACCUGGACAUCAGUACAGACAAGGAUGACGCGCGGCCGCAACAGUUCGAGAUCAUCGAGCGUAUCGUACACAGCGGCUACAAGGCGCCCGCCUUCUACAACGACAUCGUCCUGUUCCGUCUGGACAGAGCGGCCGUGUUCGACGAACGAGUACGUGAGGCCGGCCUGCCUUCACACGGGUAUGGCCGAUCUGACUGGCAUGGUCCAACAAGCUCCUCUCUAGUGAAGGUGGACCUCAAGUUCCUGUCGAGUGAGGAAUGUCAGCGAGUGGUGGGCACAGUGGAGAGAUACCUGCCGGCAGGGCUGGACACCCAGACAAUGUUGUGUGCGGGCGAACCGGGCAAGGAUACAUGUCAGGGAGAUUCAGGGGGUCCACUGAUGAUAGCUGAUCGAGAGGACCUGUGUCUCGAUAGACAAGUGGGAGUAACAUCGUUUGGUCCCAAGGAUUGUGGUAGGGCUCCAGCUCCGGGUGCCUAUGUCAGAGUAGCUUACUUUGUGCGCUGGAUAGAAUCUGUUGUCUGGCCCGAGUAGCUUCUGAUCCAUUCCUAAUGAUGUAAUAAGUAACUUUACAAUCCUAACGAAGUAUAGGAACAAUGAAAUUAAUAUGCACAUUAAAAUCCAGAUCCAUCUAUA